AUGGCGGACAUCCACUGCCUCCCUAACGAGCUCCUGGACCUCAUUCUCUCCUUUAUAGGCGCAACUCCGCCGCCGACAUCAGACGAGCGCACUCUGCGGAACAUACCCAGCCACGCCAUAACUUCCUCCAAAACGACCGAUCUCAAGAAUGUGUCUCGGGUAUGCCGUCGGUUUCAAGAGUUUUCUCGUGAAUAUCUGUUCAGUUUCUGUCGGUACGAACUGCGCGACCAGGACCGGUUCCUGGACUUUAUCAAACGCCAUGGCCUCGCGGAGCAUGUCAAGAGCGUCACAGUGUCCGUGAGAACGAUAUUCCCCGGGAGUGAGAAGAAGCUAUGGUGGAAUACCCUAUUUGAGCAUUUGAACCCGGAGGUUGUCACGGUUGUUGCGCCGCCAUUUAUGAUUGCGGAUAUGGCCCAGUGUGGCCUGGAAGAUACUCACACAUGGGCUUUUGAUAUGCCGCUGCAGACGAUGCAGUUUCGCCAACAGCUGUCUCUGGAAUCAGCUUUUGAGAGACCAGAAGGAGAUGACACGUUUCUCAGCUCAAAGCCAUGGACUGAGCUGCUAUUCAACGAAGGCUCAUCCCUCCGGGCAUAUAGCAACUAUGAAUACUACCUCCUCCGUGUCCCCUCGAUCAUGAACCACUGGGGUUCCGUUGACCCUUUACAGGCCGUCGAACUUCCAUAUCCGGUAUCUGCAAUCUCCCGCCUAACCUCAUUCCACUACGCUGCCGUCUUUCCUUUCUACAACCAUACCAACCUCGUGCUAAAAGUAAUCCGCAACAUGACUAACCUCCGCCACCUGAGCUUCCAACUUGCUCCCCCGCCUGGUAACGAUAUAUUUGAAAACGAACAGAAGACAACUACCAUGGACCCCAACGACCCUUGGAUGGAACUACAUACGAGCUAUUCACUGAUUCCACAUUCGGUGCGGUACCUCGGUGUGCAGGGGCGCCUUGUCGAAUUCCGGACCCUAGAUUAUAACCUGUCACCGCUCAGGAAUAAUAUGUUCAGAACUCUGCGUGCAGUACUAAAAGCGAACUGGCAGGACGACGGACAAGGGCUGUGGGUUAAACGGGUACAACCUGUGGCCGUCGCGUCGUCAAGUGAUGAUUCAGGGUAG